AUGACUGGGACUUUGCCUUACUCCGUAGCAUUCAUGGCGCUGCCAGUGGACCUUCCCUAUUCAAGUUUGGAACAUUGGCAAGGACACAUAACGCGUCUCUACAGGCACGACCUGGAGUCAUUCAUUUGGCUCCUUCCAUGGGCUGCUCUGAACUAUCCCGAGUGUUUGCGUAUAGAUCCGCUGCAUCCUCUUCUCCGACCAUGGGUCACUGGUAACUACGAGACUUGCUUCAGAAAGAAAUGCGUAUUUCUUUCCAACGUCCCUAAUUUUGACGGCUCCUGGGAGAAGUUGGACCACGUCAUUUUCUCUUUGCUGAAAUGGACCAGGAAUGAGUUUAAUGAUCGGCGGGAUGCUGCGAUGGAGGCAUGCCACAGUCUCCGCGGGCGCGAGAAGAAAGUCUGGGUGGAAAAACUCGAUUGCCAAGUCUUCGGAGAUAUCAUGGAGACCAUUGAGAGUGCACUGGAGGAUAUGAACUGUGGCGCCGUUUCGACAUCCACGUAUCAUUUGUUGACGACCCCAGAAGAGUUUACGGCAAUUCAAGCCAGUCACGCAGUUUCAACUAACACCCUGGCAGUCACGACCACUGGCAGCACCCCGCCUGAUGGGCCGGCACCGAUUUGA